UGUAUCCCCUUGCGGUUGGAAAAUCACUCUGUUCCUAUACUUCUAUGCCACUGGCAGACUUCUGCUGUCCGCUGUCAAUCCGCGAUAGAUUGCCACCCUUCAAGCAGUCGCUCGCCAUGCCGCUGUUCAACAAGAAGUUCGAAUCGAAGCCGAUUCCCGUGCGGCAGGGUCGGUGCAACAUCGGACAUCCCGUGGCCACCGAGGAGCUGGACGACUUCCGCCAGAUCUCCCUGACCCUGGGCAACAAGGAGCUUCGCUUCGCGGACGGCAUCUGGAUGCACUCCUCCCGCAAGGGCGAUGUCGAUGAUAUGCUCAGGCUGAACAAGAAGUUCCGGGCCCUCGAGGAGGAGAACAACAUGUGCAACCUGAAGAUCGAGGUGAUGCUGGAUCUGCUGGCGGAACACGCCACCGAACUCAACGAACUGAAGCCCAAGGAGAAGUGAUCCCCUCAAAAAUAAUUUUAAAUAUAAUAAAAUAAUGGUUUGCUUUCUAGAA